AUGGACGUAGAGAGGAUAGGAGAAUGUCUUCUUGGCAACCUAGGUAUGUAUGCAGUACAGCUACUCCUGAGUGGUGGGGAAAAUGAUGACGACUCUGACCAGAACUGGAAACCACCAGAAAAUGACCUGAUCCAGAAGUUAAUAGCACAGAUUGAAUAUUACUUCUCAGAUGAAAACCUUGAGAAAGACGCCUUCCUUUUAAAGCAUGUGAGAAGAAAUAAGAUGGGCUAUGUCAGUGUUAAACUCCUCACUUCUUUUAAGAAGGUGAAACACCUUACCCGUGACUGGAGAACUACAGCCUAUGCACUGAAGUACUCGGACACUCUUGAGCUCAACGACGAUAACAAAAAGGUUAGAAGAAAUACUCCAGUUCCAGUGUUUCCAAGUGAAAACCUCCCUACCAGGAUGUUACUGGUGUAUGAUAUUCACAUGAUUUCUGAGCUGCAGGCUUUUAAACAGCAAGAAAAUGGAUGCAUGCAAGAGAGGAUAAUGGAACAUCUCCUCAAAGCCUUUGUAAGUUUUGGCGUAAUUUCAUCAGUUCGUAUUCUCAAGCCUGGUAGGGAUCUACCACCCGAUAUCAGGAGGGUCAGCAACCAGUACACCCAACUGGGAACUCAGGAAUGUGCAAUUAUAGAAUUUGAAGAAGUAGAUGCUGCGAUCCGUGCUCAUGACUUCAUGUAUGCUAAAAAUAAAGAAACUGGUAUGAAAGUUGUCCUAAUAGGCACGAAACCUCCGAAGAAAAAAGUUCCAAAGGACAAGAACCGUGAUGAAGAUACCAGCAAGAGCCUUAAGAAGGUUAGAUCCCUUAAUAAGAGAGUGGAGGAACUUCAGUUUGUUGGUGAUGAGUCUUCAGCAAAUAGCUCUUCUGAACCAGAGAGUAAUCCUACAUCACCACUGUCAGGGCGCAAAAGAACUGCAGCAAAUACUAUGAGUAAUUUGAGCCUUGUCAUUCACCCAACCAACCAUCUGAGUCCUAAUGUGUCACCCAGAUCAAGUCCUUGGAACAGUCCAUCUUUGCUAAGAAAAGCAACCAAAAAGUCUCCACUGGCUGAAGACAGCAAGCUUAACCCAAGCACUAGCCCUGAAAUUCCAAGGAAAUGUACAGAUUAUUCCUCAGACAGCAGUAUCACUCCCUCUGGUAGCCCCUGGGUACAGAGAAGAAAAGCGCGAACUGUAACACAAGAGAAGAGUCCCAUCAGUAGCCCCACGUUGGCUCGGAAAAUACAAAAUGCAGAUGGUCUUCCUGUAGGGGUGCUGCGGCUGCCUAAAGGUCCUGAUGGCACCAAAGGAUUCCACAACGGAUGUGAAAGGAGGAAGGCCUUGAAGUACGAAUGA